UGUUCCCUGCACCGGAAGAAGGGCGCAGGCCCUGUGGAGGCGGUAGCUGGUGGAGACUCAAGGGACGGGGGCGACGUGUGGGAAGUGAAGGCUGGCGGUGAGUUCCUCUCCAGCUCGGGUGUCAUGUCCCGCCAGGCAAAGGAUGACUUCUUGCGACAGUACACGGUCUCCGACCCCAGGACGCACCCCAAAGGCUACACGGAGUAUAAAGUAACAGCGCAGUUCAUCUCUAAGAAGGACCCCGAGGAUAUCAAAGAGGUGGUGGUCUGGAAGCGGUACAGUGACUUCCGAAAGCUGCAUGGAGACUUGGCCUAUACUCACCGCAACCUCUUUCGCCGCCUGGAGGAGUUCCCGACUUUCCCCCGUGCUCAGGUGUUUGGCCGAUUUGAAGCCUCCGUGAUUGAGGAGCGGCGGAAGGGUGCAGAAGACUUGCUGCGCUUCACAGUGCCCAUACCUGCGCUCAACAACAGCCCCCAACUCAAGGAGUUCUUCCGGGGUGGAGAGGUAACCAGGCCCUCUGAGAGGCCCAGGGACCAGCAGCACACCCUGCCACCUCCUCUGAUCCCUACACCCCCUCUUGAUGAGCUUCGGCUGCCUCGGCCACUCCCUGUGGAAAGGAGGGGCAUGGAGGAGUUGGAGGUGCCAGGGGACCUCCCACCAUCCAGCCCUGCCCAGGAGGCUUUGGAUCUUCUCUUUAGCUGCGGCAGCACUGAAGAGGCCUCUGGUUCCCCUGCCAGAGGCCCCCUCUCUGAGGCUGAGCUCGCCCUCUUUGACCCCUACUCCAAGGAGGAAGGUGUGGGCCCCAGCCCUACCCACACAAGUGAACUGGCAGCCAUGGAGGUAGAGUCCAAAAGGCUGGACCAGGAGCCCUGGGAACCAGGAGGGCAGGAGGAGGAAGAGGAGGAAGAAGGAGAGUCCACCCCUGCCUAUCUGAGACAGGCCACGGAGCUCAUCACCCAGGCCCUACAGGAUGAAAAGGCAGGGGCCUAUGCUGCUGCACUCCAGGGCUACCGAGAUGGGGUACACAUCCUGCUUCAGGGGGCCCCAGGUGACCCGUGCGCUGCCCGCCGGGAAGGGGUGAAGAAGAAGGCUGCUGAGUACCUGAAGCGGGCAGAGAUCCUUCACGCGCACCUGCCCUAGCCGCCCUUCCUGGGACGCCAACUUCAGCACUGCCAGCCUCCCCGACUCCUCUCCCCAGGGCCUGGCCCUUCCUCUUGUUCCCCAGGGACCAUAUCUGUAUGUAACUGGACCAAAAACAGUAAAAACAAAGACUUCCUAGCUCUCCACCUGCCUGACUA